AUGACUGUCACUUACUCCAGUAAGGUAGCAAAUGCUACUUUUUUUGGAUUUCAUAGGCUACUGCUCAAGUGGAGAGGCAGCAUCUACAAACUGCUUUACAGGGAAUUUAUUGCCUUUGCUAUUCUUUACACGGCAAUAAGUAUGAUGUACAGAUUGUUACUUACAGGAGCCCAAAAACGUUACUUUGAAAAAUUAUCAAUUUACUGUGACAGAUAUGCUGAACAAAUUCCAGUAACCUUUGUGCUUGGGUUUUAUGUAACUCUGGUGGUAAACCGGUGGUGGAACCAGUUUGUCAAUCUGCCAUGGCCAGACAGACUGAUGUUCCUGAUUUCCAGCAGCGUUCAUGGAAGAGAUGAACAUGGGCGUUUACUCAGAAGAACACUCAUGCGCUAUGUCAAUUUAACUUCCUUGCUCAUCUUCCGCUCAGUGAGCACAGCUGUGUUCAAAAGAUUUCCAACAAUGGACCACGUUGUAGAAGCAGGCUUUAUGACAGCAGAUGAAAGAAAAUUGUUCGAUAACCUUAAAUCUCCACAUCUGAAAUACUGGGUUCCAUUCAUCUGGUUUGGAAAUCUGGCAUCUAAAGCCCGAAAAGAAGGACGAAUCAGAGACAGUGUUGAUCUACAGUCAUUAAUGACUGAAAUGAAUCGGUUUCGAUCUUGGUGCAGCCUCUUGUUCGGCUAUGACUGGGUUGGGAUUCCGCUCGUCUACACCCAGGUUGUUACUCUUGCUGUCUAUACCUUCUUCUUUGCAUGCUUGAUUGGACGUCAAUUUUUGGAUCCCACCAAAGGUUAUGCAGGACACGACUUAGAUCUCUACAUUCCAAUCUUUACUCUCUUACAGUUCUUCUUCUAUGCGGGAUGGCUCAAGGUGGCUGAGCAACUUAUCAACCCAUUUGGUGAAGACGAUGAUGAUUUUGAAACUAACUGGUGCAUAGAUAGAAAUUUACAGGUCUCCCUUUUGGCUGUGGAUGAAAUGCACAUGAGACUACCCAAGAUGAAGAAGGAUAUUUACUGGGAUGACUCAGCUGCACAACCCCCAUACACACUGGCAGCUGCUGACUACUGCAUUCCCUCCUUCCUGGGAUCAACAGUUCACAUGGGGCUGUCUGGGUCCUACUUCCCUGGUGGGGAGGAAUGGCUUUUUGAUGAUGAGAAACAUGGCCACCGACACUCAGUGAUAAGAAGGGUCAAACGCUUCCUGAGUGUCCAUGAACACCCCACGAGCCCAGUGAGGCGGUAUUAUGGGAGGCAGGCCAGCGACAGCUCUAUGUUCUUCCCAACAAGCGACCUGAGCCACAUCAGCGGCCUGCUGGAUGUACCUCCCAGAAAUCGCCACCGCCCACCUCGGCCCAGGAAGAAACCAGAUCCUGAUGAGAGCAGUCCCAAACUUCACUCCAGCAUGGAAGAGCUGUCUGUGAUUAGAGAAACCAGCCGGACAAGCACUUUAAUGAGCCUGACCCCACAGUCCAGCGUCAGUCCCUCGCCCACAAAAGCAACCCUUCAAAUCCCAGAAGUGUUGAUCACUUCGCCAGAUGUUUCAACGCCCACAUCGCUAGACAGCUAUCAGCCAAGCCCCCAGCCAUCCAUGGCAGACUCGUUGCUUUCAGAAGCUCAGCCGAUUAGAACCGAACAGCCAGCUGACCCUGAUGAUUCCAACCCGCCCCCAUCACAAACGACGCAGGUUGUUUCGCCUGAAACUGAAGCCCAGAUUCUUGAGUUUGCUUUUGAGAACAGCGCUGAGGACAAGCACCCGAAAAGGUGGAGCCUCCCGGGAUUUCUGGAGUCUAGUCAGACUUCCCUUUCAGGACUAAGUCCGGAGCCUGUCGGUCAGGAAACUAUUCUUAUUCUAGAUACGGAAACAUCCUCGCAGUCCAGCGGAAUUAACUUCAUGGCUGCCCCUCAGACUUCUCCAGAUGUUCGUUAUUUAUUAGAACAACUGGACACCAAAGAAACAGACAUCACAGACUUCAAUAACGAGCAACCUGAAGCGUCCCCGAAAGGAAAGUCAAACGGUUCUGGGAUCUGGUUCUAG